UCCCCUUCCCUCUUUUGUGUCUGAAACUCUCCCAUAUCUCCCAUAUCAAUAAUUGAAGCAGCAGACGGAGCUGCCCCCCCUGCCUGCGCGCUAUGACUCCCGCUGCCGCGCCGCUCGUCCAGGGCCCCUCCAAGAGACUUACUGUGUCCGCAAGUGACAGAAAAGCUGCUGAGAAGUGAGGAAAAAGAGGAUAAGAACAGGUGCAAGCCGGGGACUGGAGAUACAGCUAUAAUAGAUACGUUUUGAGAGGAAAGAAAAGAGGAAAAAGAGCGCAGAGACGCAAGUGCGCUGAAGGAGUUUUUACAGUUAACCAUUUUAAAUUCAAGAAAAAAACAGACUAUUCUUAGAUUUGAACAGAGAACAUCUGGAAAGUCACUUCUUUUCUUCAAAGGGGGAGCAGAACAGGUGUGAGGUGAGGUGUGAAAGACUGUCCCACAAGUUCAGAUUCUCCGCUUGGGUCCGUUAUGUCGGCGCUGGUCCUGCUGGGCGCCGCGCUCUGGCUGUCCGCCGGCCCGGGCCCCGGCCCGCUCCCGGUGCGGGCGCAGAACGAGACCGAGCCCAUCGUGCUGGAGGGCAAGUGUCUGGUGGUGUGCGACUCCAACCCCACCUCGGACCCCACGGGCACCGCGCUCGGCAUCUCCGUGCGCUCCGGCAGCGCCAAGGUGGCGUUCUCCGCCGUGCGCAACACCAACCACGAGCCGUCCGAGAUGAGCAACCGCACCAUGGUCAUCUACUUCGACCGGGUUCUUGUAAACAUUGGGAAAAAUUUUGACGAGGAGAGAAGUAACUUCAUCGCACCGCGCAAAGGAAUUUACAGUUUUAACUUUCACGUAGUUAAAGUCUACAACCGCCAAACCAUUCAGGUGAGCCUGAUGCACAAUGGCUGGCCAGUGAUUUCGGCGUUCGCUGGAGACCAAGAUGUUACACGCGAGGCUGCCAGCAACGGUGUCCUGAUCCAGAUGGAGAAGGGGGACAGGGCCUACCUCAAACUGGAGAGGGGAAACCUUAUGGGAGGGUGGAAAUACUCCACCUUCUCUGGCUUCCUGGUGUUCCCAAUGUAGAGAGAAGGAAGAAGAGAAGAAGGAGGAAGAGAAAGGGCAGGAGUUGGCAACAAAGGAAGAAGCAUUGGCGGAAGAUGGAGAGAAGACGACGCGGGGGAAAAAAGAAAAAGGACACAAAUGAGAUAGUGGAAGCGGAAAAAAGAUGGGCAUGUGACAUCAGACUUGUAUUCUGGAUGCUGCAGAGACGAAUGAGGAGAGAUGAUAGAGAUAUAAGAGCAUGAUGCACAACAAUUGUACAAGGGUAAACUAAGAGAGAAAUAAUGGAGCCAAUACAUUCAAGAGUACGGCCAGCUUCUUCACUUCCCUCUCUCCUUUCAUCCAUUCCAUCAUGCAUCCCUUUCCUCCCUCUGUUUUCUCCGUGGCUUGACUGCAGCUUUGGACAGCCAAAACUUUUUUUAUUAUCUGCUGAAAAACGCAAUUGAUCAUUUGUAUGUUAUAGAGUGUUUAAAAGCCUAACUGUCCCAACCCCCACCCCCACCUCCACCCCCUCCUCAUCCUCAUAUAUUCAUGCAGUUUUUUAUUUACUAUCAACAUGAGCUUUGAAGAAUGUUUCUCAAGGAACUGCUCCCACAUCCCCGCAUUUUAUGUGUUUAUAUUUUUAGCAUUUGUUUUCCUUUUGUAAUAUAUAUUUGGACAGACUUUGGAUUUCCUUCUGCCCCGAAGCCAAACUACAAUUUUAAUAGAGGAAAUGCAAAACUCUGAUCACAAAAUCAGGAGUUGAAGACUCCCAUGCAAACCCAUGCAAACCUGUAUUCUGCAUUGACCAUGACAAAUUCAUGUAUUUGUAUGAUAUCAUUGAAGUUUUUCCCUGAAAUUCACAGCUGUUUCUUCCAUCAUAUCCAUUUAACCUUAACUCCUCUCAUUUUCAGUCUUUAGACAUAGACUGUAUAAAACAUUGGACGAUGCAUUCGGUCUCGUAACCCAUAGGUUUCUGAAGAAGUUUUGAAGCGUCUUUUUCUUCAUACAGGGUGCACCCAGAUUGCUCAGCAAGCCGGCGGGAACACACCCACUACAUGUCAAUCAAGUUAGCUUUGUUCCCAGCGCCUUCAGCCCAACGCCACUGAAAUAUCUGCAGAGCUUCUACCACACAUUCACAGCGGGAUAUAACGUUUAAGAUGUUGACUCAAUGGCGAAAUCAAAAAUGGUGGUUGGGUUCAUACAAAGGGCUGGUUGCUUGGCUAAACGCGGUAGCAUGAUGAUUACAAAUGAGCACGUGAUUACGACUAGCCAGUGGCUGAGCCAAGUGUCGAUCAGUCAUAUUAAAAAUACAUUUAUUGCUUGAUAUUAACUGUCCAGGCAUGGUGCAAAAACAUUCAUCCCUUCUGAGCUGUCAUGGAUGUGAAAUCAAAAAUGAUUGAGACCAAAACGAUCUUUUUGAACCGGGCUUUAAAUAUGUUUAUUCCUGUUCUAAAUUUGGACAUUUUAACAUGGGAGUCAGUGGAGAUUAACUAUUGAUCAGUCGAGGAACUGCAACGAAUUUUAGUUUUGCACAAGCCUCAAUCUGGGAAAUGAGAUGGUUGGUGUUUGGUCUUAACCCCAAGUGAUGCGGUUGUCCAAAAAUAACUCCAUAAAAAAAAGAAAACAAUUGUGUCGAAGGUCAGAUUUCCUGCAUUUUCAACUCCAUUGUAAACAUUGAUUAAUUGGAUAUAAAUAUCACAAUUUUUUUUAGAAAUAAUGCACACAGCAGCUACAUCUGCAUGAAAGAAAGCAACACCUUUUUAAAUGUUUUAGGUUGUAUGGAUCAGGACAAAAUGAAAAAAAAAAAUGUUGUUAUUCCUGGUUUUGUAAUAAGGUAAAUCUAUUUCAAAAGAUCAACAACACAUAUUACACUGCAUUAUUGUUUAUUAGCCAAAAGAUUUAGGCAAAAUGCCAAAGCAGUUUUUAAAAACAUAAAUAAAACAUAAACUCUGUGUGACACAAUCAGUCUGUCACAUUGAUGUGGAAAAGAUUUGCCUUAUUCUUAGUAACUUUCAGUCUGGCCUGCAUCUGGAUUGCAACACCUUGAUCCUUUUAUUUUUCAACAAUUCAGUUGUGGACUUGAUAUAUUCUUGAAUUGUUUCUUUGGCACGUUUCAGUUUCAGCCAAGCUUUUACUUUGAGGAUGCUUGCCUCACCUUUAACUGAAAAGAAUUGUCUGGUAAACCGAGAUGUUCAUCGUCAUCUUUAUGUCUCCAAGGCAUCCAGGUCCUGUGGCUGCAAAACAACCCAAAUGAUCAGAACUCCCUGGCUGUUCCUCACAUUAGCCGUGUGUUGGGGUUUCACCAAACACAGCGUUGGUUAUUAUGGCCGAUGGUCUGGUGGUUUGUCCAGAUGCAGGGUAGAAAACAUUGUCCAUACUGCCAUGUUUUCAGAGAAGAGACAUUCUCCUGUUAAAUCCUUCCAAACUAUUCUUUAUUCUUUAUUCCGAAUAUUCAACAUCUUCACUGAUUCUACAGAGUCUGAGAUAACAGCUCCCUGCUCUCUUACAGUUUCCCUGACUAUUGCAUGUUAUAGUAUGAAUUACUUAGGGUGUAAGAUUUUUGUUAAAUCAAUCAUGACCAUAUGUUAUAUUCUAUGUGUUGUACCAUUAACCAUUUUCUUUUGUCCUGAUUUGUCCUGAUAGGUUUACUAAACAACAAGGAUGACAAAACGUGAGAGAUUUAUGAAAUAAAGGGUUGCUUUUACUUUUGUUCUAAAAACCAAAAAAAAAGAAACUGUUCCCAUGAAACAGCUCUGCUGUAACUCACAUUCAAACAUUACACAAGUGUUUCAAAACUAGUGUGAAUUCUUGAGUUGUAAUCAUUUUCCAGUCAAUACUUAACCAUAAAAUAGCAUUACAAAUAUUUACAAAAUCCUAUUAUUGUCAUUCCUGGAAUAGGCGUUGGGGCAAAAGUAAACGAAAAAACGCUAAAAAACUAUUUUUUUUUUAAUGAAAAACUAAAUUAAAUGCUCAGUAAAAUAAAAGCAUUCAUGAGGAAAUUAAUUGAAAGCUUUUUUUCCCCCAAAUAUUUCCACUGUGGUCUAAAAUUGUAGCAGUAUUAAGUCUACGCUAUUCAUUAGAAGAGGAAUUUGAAUUAAAGUGUUUGUAUACGUAAUAAACUUUGUCCAUGUAUGUAGUACUUUUCUAUGAUUCUCUUAUAACCAAACAGUUGCUACUGGUGCUCAUCAUACGUCCAAACAGAAAGUACUGCUUUUCUCAUCCGUCAUGCCCCCGUGUAAACCAGUGUUCUCCCCACCUGAACAUCCUAAACUCAUCCAUCUCCCUUCUCUCUUCCUCUCCUGCCUCUGCUACGGUUUUUUCAGGUAUUGUAUACCUCCUUCUCCGGGAUACUUUUCUCUCUUCAACAACACUGUAUACUCACAAGUGCAGAUAUUUUUGUCUUGUUUGUAUUUUUUUUAAAUCUUAUGUUGUUCUACCGCCCCUUCACUGCUAUUUUGCUCCUUUAUUCUCCAGCAACGGUUCACCUACUGUACCUUCCUCUGCCCCACCUCAUGUAGUUUGUACCUAAUCUGCUGCAGUAUUUUUUGCCUCCAGUCUCCAGAUCUUUACUUGCUUUCCUCAUGUCGGACUGUGGAAGCCUGCACAUCAUGAACUUCAUAUAUGGACUUUGUAUGUACGCCAAUGGAUAUAAAAUGGAUAUAUAAGUAUAUCAAAAUCUAAGCCAAUGUUUCUAUUCUCCUGACAUUAUGAUGAUAAUGCUAAUACUACUACUGAAAGCUCAAUCUCAUUGAUGACUAUAAUAUCUGUAUUUCUGUACUUCAGUGUUUAUAAAAGAGAAAAAUAUUCUACAAGAAAUCUACUAGUAAUUGUGUGGAAAUCUGAGGCUGCCAUUCUGCUCUUCUGGUUAAAAAAAAACAAAAAUGCUUCUUGUUUUUGUUUUGGGUCAAACCAAUUGUGGCUAAACAGCUGAGAAUACUACUUAUAUACAUUUAUUAUUAUCAUCAUUAUUAUUAUUGUAAAAUAUGGGAAUAUUUAGAC